AUGGCUGUUGACGACAUCUCACGCAGCGAUAAUAGCGAUGACUACGAUUUAACGUUCGAACCUAUUGCACCGGCUGACCACGUGUGGACGUUGAUCAAGUAUACUCCUCAUCAGGUGGCAAAGAUGAUCGGUUUGGUAGAGUAUAAGAAGCUGUCCGUGCGAAAAGCAGCCAAAUUGACCAACAUCAGUAAUUCGCGCGCCCAUCAGUUGUACAAGCAACACAAAGAAGACAGCAGUGUGACUCCAGGUUAUAAGGCCAAGAACCAGAUAAAGAGACCGCGCAAGAUCGACCUCACCGACGAACAAAGGCAAAUCGUGGAUCUCUACGUCAAAAGCGUAGCUGACCAAAAUGCGAACGUCGUAAAAGUCAAGGAUGCGCAGGAUGAUCUGUGCCAGCAACUAGAAGGUUUAAAAAUUAGUCAAAAAACUGUCAAGGAGCAAAUCCAGCAAACAGUUGCAUUCACGCUUGUACUACCACCAGUCCCUCCCUACACCACCACCAGCGACUGA